CGGGCCCCGGGCUUUGUCCCGCUCUUGCUGCGGCGGCGGCGGCGGCGGCGCGGGGCUGCAGUGGGCGUCGCGCGGCCGAGACCAUGGCUGGAGGCAAAGCUGGAAAAGACAGUGGGAAGGCCAAGGCUAAGGCGGUGUCUCGUUCCCAGCGAGCUGGGCUCCAGUUUCCUGUGGGCCGCAUCCACAGACACUUGAAGACUCGCACCACAAGCCAUGGACGGGUGGGCGCCACUGCUGCUGUGUACAGUGCCGCAAUUCUGGAGUACCUCACAGCUGAGGUGUUGGAGUUAGCAGGGAAUGCAUCCAAGGAUCUCAAAGUGAAGCGCAUCACUCCACGGCACUUACAGCUUGCAAUCCGAGGUGAUGAAGAGUUGGACUCACUUAUCAAGGCUACCAUAGCCGGGGGCGGCGUGAUCCCACACAUCCACAAGUCCCUGAUUGGAAAGAAGGGGCAGCAGAAAACUGCUUAGGACGUGAGUCGCUGGCCUGCUCUCCUCGGUCUGUAACGGGGCAGAGGGCACUAGUGUGGUGUGUGCAAAAGCAUAGAUGGUUGCUGUAGACAAGAUAAAGGACACAUUUGUAUGUUUUUAGACUCUCGAAGUUUGAUAAGUCCCUUUCCCUGUGGUCACAGUCAUGUGUUGAUUGACCAGGUUCCUCCCUUGUGUUUUAUACAAAAAUAGAAUUGAUAAAACAUUUUUUACAAAAGUACUGUGUCUCAGUAUGUCUUCAUGAUGUGUUAGAAAUACUUUGUUCACACCUGGGCAGGGCCGUGUGGCCUGCAUCCCCAAGUGUUUGGGAGGUGUGGGCAGGACCUUCAGAAUCCACAUUGACCUUUGCCUACAUUCCAAGUUCUACCACAACCUGGACUACAAGAGACUGUCUCAAAAGAAAAAAAUAUAUUCUCUUCAGACAUUGACAUUUUAAGAUGCAAAUUAGUUAUUCAGAAUAAUCUUAAAGCAAAAAUUGGAAUGUAGUGUACCUUGAUUGGUACAGUAUUAGAUUGAAUCUCAGAUACAGUUUUUAGAAAUAUAUAUUUAUGUAUUAGUGUAUACAGUGUUCUGCCUGCCUAUAUGCCUGCAGGCCAUAAGAAAGCACCAGAUCUCACUACAGAUGGCUGUGAGCCACCAUGUGGUUGCUGGGAAUUGAACUCAGGACUUCUGAAAGAGCAGCCAGUUCUUAACCUCUAAGCCAUCUCUCCAGCCCUUCUCAUGGAAUGUUAUUACCCCACUUUAUGGGCAUGCUGCCCAUUGUCCACAGGAAUUAAUGAUCUGCUGAAAAGGCAAUUGAGCUGGUAGAUGGGACAGUGGAGUUAGGACACAAACCUAGGUCUUUCUGGCUUCAGAGUGCACACCCUGACCUAGAAGUGAUGCUACUAAAUCAGACUUUUCUGAUUGGGUCCUGGAAUUUUAACUUUUUGUGGCCACUCAUCGAUCCCACUAACCUGCAGUAACUUGUAGUCUUUAUGAUGUCUGAGUAGCUACAAGAUGUAAGUUAAUUCACUAGUAAAUUCGACAGUCAAAAUUUUAUUUUUCUUCAAUAUGUCUUUGUGAGAAAUUGAUGUUUUAUAAUAUAACAAUAUCAAAACAAUUCAUUUUUGAAGAAAUAUUUUAUUAUGGAAAUUCUGACAAAUGCACAGAAAUAAAGAGACUAGCACUAGUGUGACAAAGCCA